AUGGCCCCCGAAGGUGCAAAGCACAAGCAGACGAGGUUGAAGACGAAGAAAGAUCGACAGUUACACCAGAGGCUGGAUGCCUUGAAAUCCAAGGGUGAUGCUGCGCAAGACGCCGGGCCUGAUGUCACGAACCCUGAAACCACCAUCACGACCACCAAAUAUCCACUCUUUGAGACAUGGGAAAGACUCGAAUCGGCGCAGGUUGGAGAGAUCACUCACCAACACAAACAUACCACUGGAUGGCUGUUGCCGCAAAUCAUGCCAGUCCUGGUUCAUGUCGCAGCCCCGCAGGCUGGCCGCUUCACGCGGGAGGUACAGUCCAACAUUGACAACAUGAAUUCGAUUGAAGCUGUGAAGGACCUCGUCAAGAACAGUCUCCUUUUUGAGCUGAAGCGGACCAAUAUCGAGGUCACCAAGGCCCAGUUUGCUGGAUUGAUGGUCUACGGGCCGACCACUGAGUUCAAGCCUGAUACCAUCAAGAGCUUCACUCGUGGUCUUUUCCUCCAAGAAGCCGCCUUCAAGGAUUGGUGGUUGACGGUCGCCAAAUCUCAGCGGGUACCUGGCGACAUGGUCAAGAUCGCGGUUGUCUUGUGGCAUUCAGACGAGGCGGCCACGAAACAGGUCACCUUGCCUAACUUCUGGACCGCUAAUACCGCUCGGCUACUUCGAAACCACCUGGAGAAGCUGGAGACGCUCCCCUGGGAUCUCGACAUUGAGGGAGAUUGUCGCAGCUAUGUCAAGAUGCAAGAACAGAUGUUGGAGGCCAGAGUCAAGGCCGUGGAUGCCGAGACUAAGGCGAUGAAAGCCGAUGAUUUGAACAGAGAGCUGAAGGUCGAACAAGAAAAUCUCAUCGCCGCCCAAAAGUGCUUGGACGAGGAGGUCAACACGCUCACCAAGUUGAAGGACUCGCUGGUCAAGGCCAUCGAAGCCAACGAUAUGGAGAGCGCUGCUCGUCUUGUGGCUGCGUCGCAGAAGAGCAGCAAGCAAAAGGACAAGGGCAAAGUCGAGGAGACUGAAGAAGGAGAAGCAGAGGACGUGAAGAUGAUGGAUGGCGGUGAUGAUCCCAACGAUAGCGAUUACGUUGAGGACUGA